UUAACAAAUUAUGAGGUAAUCUAACAAUGAAAAGUCUCUUCCUAUUCAAAGCAAUACCAUUGAUAAGCAAUUCUACUAUAAUCUUCUUUCCAUUGAGAAGUCUAUAAUCAAAGAACCACAACUUGAUGCUGUACAAUAGGCUUUGGCUAUGUAUAGGUAAUUGAUAUAUAUUAUUCAAUAGAAAGUGUGUGGAAUAUUUUGAUAAUAUACAAGAUCCAAUCAAAUAUUAUUUUUUGGAUAAGAUUCAAUAAGCUUUGAGUGAAACCAAAACACUAAUGCUCAUUAUCAAUUCUAAAUCUGAAAUAGAAUCAUCUAAGACAAUUAGUCCAAUUAAGAGAUCCUCAAUUUCAGAUCUUCCCCCGCCUUUAUUAUCUGAUUAAUAAGUCGUGGAUAAGAAACUUAGAUCUAAAUAAGUCACACUAUAAAUUAAGCUUCAUGAAGCUGCAGAUUAACACUGUAAAAAUGUAAUCAUAUUCAUCAUAGCUGAAAUACUGAAUACAAUGGUGACCGAUUUCACAGCAAACACUACAAGUACAGAUUAAAAGGUUAGACAGGAUUUAAAUUAAUAAGCAGACAUAAUAUAGGCUAGAAUACUGAAGAGAUAGCAAAGCAUCAAAAUGAAAGGUUGUUCAUCGAUGCAAACAUUGUUAUGAUUAUUAUAUAUGGAAUAAAUAUUAAUUAAAAUUGAAAAUGUG